AUGAUUCGUCAGUCAACUCUGAAGAGAUCUUUCUCUACAACUCCACAGCUGUACAACAAGAAGUUCAGGCCCUUAGCUGAGUACCCACUGAUGUGUGGGCUGGAGAUCCAUUCGCAGUUGAAAACGCCUCACAAGCUCUUCUCGUUGUCAGAGACGUCUUUCCACGAGGAUCCUAAUACAAAGAUUUCGUACUUUGAUGCUGCGCUGCCGGGAACACAGCCCACAUUGAACCCUGAAGCACUGCUGUUAGCGUUGAGGGCUGCAGUGGCCCUCGGUUCCAGUGUCAAUUUGGAUUCAACCUUUGACAGAAAGCACUACUUCUAUGGUGAUCAGCCGAUGGGGUAUCAGAUCACACAGCAUUACAAUCCUUAUGCCAAAGGUGGCUCUGUGAAGCUUUGGAAAAGAGAUGGCAUCUCAGAAGAUGAAAAGACAAUCCGCAUUGAGCAGAUUCAGUUGGAACAGGAUACGGGGAAAUCUGUUUACGUUGAGACUGAAGGUGAAUCUUACUCGAAGAUCGACUUGAAUAGAACCAACGUUCCCCUGAUUGAAAUGGUCACGAAGCCAGACUUCACGCACCCAGACGAGGUAAAGGUGUUUAUAAAGAAGUUUCAGAAUCUUCUAAGAUAUAUGGAUAUCUGUUCUGGUGACUUAGAGACUGGUGCGAUGAGGGUUGACGUUAACGUCUCAAUCAGAGGUGGUGAGCGUGUGGAGCUGAAAAACUUGUCAACGACAAGUGCAGUGAUCAGUGCUAUCAAGUAUGAAUACAAGAGACAGAUUGGGUUGGUUGAAAAGGGGGAAGCCGUUGUACAGGAAACCAGGGGCUGGGAUGGUAAGAAGACAGUGAGAUUGAGAACGAAGGAGGAUGCAUUGGACUACAGAUACAUGCCAGACCCUGAGCUCCCUCCAAUGCUGUUGAGUGAUGAAAUUGUAGGCCAGCUCAAGGCCGAGAUGCCUCAGACCCCUGAUCAAGUCCUGGAGUCUCUUCUAAGCACGCCUUACAAUCUAUCGCUGAAAGACGCCACGAUAUUAACCUACAAUUUAGACCUGCUGAUGUAUUACAGAAUGCUUUUUGAUGUCUCUGUGAAUGCGCACGGGAUUGACCCAAGAACACCGGGGAACUGGCUGAUCCAUGAGCUUUUAGGAACAUUCUCCAGAAACGAUCUUCCAUUUGACCCUGGAUAUAUCCCCUUGGUCUCGCUCAUCAACCUCAUGAAGGCUGUUCAGGAUGACUUCAUCUCAAACUACAGUGCCAAAUUACUCUUACAGCAUUUGUUCAACAACAAGGAAGAGACCAUGAGGGAUUUGAGAGAAGUGAUCGAGGACUAUGGGUUGAGGAAGCUCACAGAUGCCGAGGUCUCCAGCGAAGAGCUCACGGCAGUGUGUAACAAAAUCAUUGGUGAACAACAAAAUACUGUCAAGAGCAUCAAGAAGGGGAAAGUCAACGGUCUGAACUUCCUUGUGGGACAAGCAAUGAGAGCAACACAGGGAACAAUUGACGCCAAUGUCUUUGAAACCGAGUUUAAGCAACUACUGGAUGUUGAGUAA